AUGAAUCAGUGCCCCUCUUGCUCCUUCGAGUCUCAAUGUGAGACAAUCCUGGUCAACCACAUAAGCUCAAACCACGAAAGUCUCGCACUUUUGGCCGAAAUAACCGUCGACAAUAAAUCGUCAAUAUGUUUUUGUAUUAACUGUUCCCCGAAAAUCCUCCAAAUUGAAGAAACCGACAUUGUCACACUUCCAGAAAUGAGCAAAAACGAAAUUAAAGAAGAACUGUUCCCCGACGAUUUCGCAACCGAAGACACAAUUCUAGUCGACCCUUUCAAAUUCGAACCAAACAAGUGGUUCACGUGCAACCAAUGCCCGUACAAGUGCAAAGAACGCUCGAAAUUAACCAGACACAACUCCCUCAAACACCUCAACGAAAAAGAAAUCGUGUGGUACACCUGCGACCAGUGCCCCUAUCAGACCAAGCAGAAGAGCACCCUGAAAAACCACUACAAGCACCGGCACCUGCCCCCCGACGAGAUCAAGUGGUUUCAGUGCCAGCACUGCGUUUACAAAACCAAAACCAAGUCGUGCUUGGCCUACCACCAAUUUCAGCACGCCAGUCCUGAAAAUAUUCAGUGGUUCAAAUGUAACCACUGCGACUACAAGGCCAAGACAAGAAGCCGCCUGAAUAAACACGUUUCAGAGCUGCAUAGUCCUCCAGGGGACAUCAAAUGGCUGAAAUGUGAACAUUGCCUAAUGUACGUCACGAGGAGGAAUUCGUCUUUGAAGCUACACAUCAAGCGCAAACAUUCGGGCGUUGUGACUUAA